AUGCCGCCCCGAAAGAAGGCAAAGGCGAGUGCAGCCUCCACGCCCCUGCGCGACACUCAGCCCCAAACACCGCAAGAUUCUGGCGUCGUGCAGUCGCAAGAUGAGCUGCUCAGCGAUCCGUGGGCCGACGAGCAGGAAACACAGCUUCUGAAAAGCAUGAUGAAGUGGAAGCCGACAGGUAGAAAAGAGUUCAAUCUGUCUUUAGACACGUCAUUGACAUCUUCAGGCAUGCACAAGCACUUUCGCAUGAUCUCCAUCCACACCGACAUGCGCUCGCAUGGCUUCGCGAGUGACGACGCUCCUCACACGCGCAUUCCCGGUGUCUGGAAGAAGCUGUCGCAGCUAUACGACCUGGACGCCCUCGAUACGCGCGAGAACGAGUUCGCUUUCUCCGAAGACCCCGACCCGCUAGACCCCGACGACGCCAACAACAUGCCCGAGUUCGAGCUGCCAGAAGACGAGUAUGGCAAGCUCAUGUGGCAUCAGCGCUUCCAUCGUGAAUCUUCUGCGGCCGGCUCGUCACCACCCAUGACGCCCAUUCAAAAAUACAAAGACCUCUACGCGCCAGGCAUCGGCCUGCUGAAAGACCUCCCCGAUGGCGUGCACUCACAAAAGGCUGAGAGUGUAACCGAAGCCACGCCCGUACCCAAGAACGCAAAGAACACAAGGACAGGCAAAGCUGCAAAGGGCGGCAAGGGUACCAAGGCUGGAGCCAAUGCUGCAAAGAACAGUAAGGCCCAGAGCACCGUAUCCGAAUCCGCAGAAGAAGAGGACGAAGAUGAUGACGAUGAAGAAUCUAGUGCCGAGUCUGAAGAAGACAGUGCGCCAACUACUCGUCGAACGAAUCGCGCGAAACCAAAGCCAGCGCCGAAGAGAACAAGAAAAAGGUAG